AUGGAUUACAAGAAUUCUCCUACCAACACCACCGAUCAGGUGCGUCUGGAGAUUCAACGCUUCGAAAGCAUUCAUCCCUACAUUUAUCGAGCUUAUCAUCUGAUAGAUUCCAUUGAAAAUGAUGCCAUCAGGAACAAUUUGGAACAGCAGAUGAUCUUCAUCGAAGGUAAUUUGCAGCCUCAAUAAUGGCUUUUUCACUCGAGGUAAUCUGACAUUCCUGUGUUUUAGAUGCCUUUAUUCGCUCGCAAGAAUGGACUCUCACUCGAAACGUCCCGGUUUUGCGUUUGGUGAGUCUUUCUGUUAUUUUUUCUGUUUCGGGAUUGAGAAUAUUAUGUAUCGUCGGCUCAAUUCUUCCAUCCCAAUUACCUCUAAUUCAUUUGUUCCAGGGCGUAGUAGGCUCCUUGGACAGCGGCAAGACCCCUUUGAUCCAUCGAUACCUGACCGGAGGCUACAGAGUCCGCGAGUCAGCCGAGGGAGGGCGAUUUAAAAAGGAUCUUAUACUGGAGGGUCGGAGUCAUCUUCUUUUAAUUAGGGACGAAGGAAAAGAAGCCCCCGACGUUGAUGUAAGUAGUCAUAUUGACGAUUCGAUUGCCUUUUUAGUUCACACAUUGGUUGGAUGGAGCACUUGUUGUAUACAGUGUUACGAGCAGAGAAAGUUUAGAGGUGGCGUUGAAUUAUCUGAAGGCGUUAAGUAGAUACAGAAAUCCUUUGGAUUUUCCUACAAUUCUGGUCGGUACAAUUGUAAGUAAUUAUUUUGCAGAUAUUGUUUUAUAUUUAAAUUUGAAAAGUAUUUCGAGGUUUAGGAGAACCAAAAUUCAUAUGUUCAGAGGAACAUUGCUGAGGAAGAGGUGAAGAAGUUUGCUCGAGACAGGAAUUGGAGUUACGUUGAGGUUUGUUCCCCAACCGGGCACAAAGUGGACCACGUAUUUCGAGAAGGUGAGUUAUUUUUGAAUUAAAAAAGUUCGUUUAGUGUGUUUGCAAAUUCUGCAGAAAAAUCCAGAAUUUGUUUCUCGGAAUUCUUCAAUCCCGCCUCCAAUUACAUUAACCAACAGACCUAGGAGUUCAACAAGAACUUCUCAGUUGUACGGAGACACUAAAUCUGUAAGUAUUUUUCCAUCAGUAGAGUCAAUGUAUCAUUUUAGGGACGCAGACAUCCUCGUUCGCAAGAAACUCAACAGUUAAUGAGUCAUCAAAGAUCAAUGUCUGCCGCUCCCGUGUACGAUCCGAGGUUUGGAGAUGGUUUUAGCAAGUUGAAUGGCCAUGCGACCGUUAUCGGGGGUACCAAAUUCCGAAAUAGUCAUGUUGGAGACUUUGCCCAAUUUUUUUCUGAUGGAAGCUACAGUCAAACCGCCCCAUCUGUAGAAGCACUGGACCAAUGUAAGGUUACCUAAAAAAAAUUCAUUUCAAUUUGCUCUUCUAAAGUUUUCAAUAUGAUGUUUCAGUCUCAUCACCGCUUUUACCUUAUACUCGGUCGGUUACUAAUUAUUCCGAAGCUCAGAAGAACACGUUUCUUAGCCCAGCUGUGGCAUCAACCAGCCAGUUACCAAACCCAUCGCUUACUCCUAAUUCACAACGAAAAAACUACCGACGGAUCUCAAAUAUGUUUUCGGUAGGCUUUUCUAUGACAUUCACGUACCCUUUUGUUACAGCGAAAGGAUCAUACUCCUCAAAUUGAUCUUAAUUCUGUUGGCCUUGGUCGAGUUAUACCGCUGAAACAAGGAUUUCUCCAUAAGAAAGGAAAUGCAGGCCUUACUAGCAAAAAGAAGUACGUGUGUUUAUUUGAGAAUGGAAAAUUGUGUUACUACUCGAGUAUGAAGGUAAAUCCUGUUGCAAAUUUUGUUUUAUUAUAUGUUUAGGCGUUCCAAGAGCAGUCUCCUCACGUAAAAGAAGUCUUCCUGGGAUUAGCUACGGUCAGAGUGAAAGCAAUGAAGCUGAGUAUGCAGAAAAGGCGGUCUUCUCUACUAAAUAUUAUCAAACCAGGAAAGGAGAACCUUGGACCGUCUAAUCUUACUACGUCUACAUCCACAAUGCUUUCUUCAUCUGAUCGGGUUUCUAUUGCAAGUGAGACCGGAGUGCAGUCAGCAAUGACUCCGGGGGAUGCUUCUUCUGGAUUGAGUGAUUUCGAAGCGGCGGGACAAGGGACAAGCGAACAUGAUACUGUAAAACAAAGGAAAAAACAACGACGGCUUGGAACGUUUGGUGUUCGUCCGAUUGAAGAGGGUAAAAAUGUUUGGUAUUUUUUAUAUUGUUUUAGCUGAUGAAGACGCCGAAUUCGAGAUCGUUACAAGUGACCAAAGGCGGUUAGAGUUUGUUGCGAAUUCGCCGGACGAGCGGGAUGAAUGGGUUUCGGCCAUCGAGAGUCAGAUUGCUCGCGCACUCGGCUCCCAAUGUGCCCAGUUCAAGAGCGGUCGACCCGUUGCCAAUAAAAACGACAUUGACCGAUUACUCGUAAUGCCCGGCAAUGAAUUGUGCGCAGAUUGUGGCGAUAAGAAUCCUUAUUGGGCAGUGAUUAAUAUUGGCAUUUUGAUCUGUAUAGGAUGUUCGGGAGUCCACAGAAAAAUGGGUAGCCAUGUCUCCAAGGUACGUUCUCUCGAUUUGGAUCAAUGGCCAUGCGAUUAUUUGUUGAUUAUGGAGAAGAUUGGAAAUAAAAAGGCCAACGAGAUCUGGGAAAGGAAUCUGAAUCCCGCGAACAAGAUUACGCCGAGUUCAUCUACGUAUGUUUUAUGCUUUUUGUAUGGAUUUUUUUAGGUUGGAGAAAGAGGCGUUCAUAGAGAAGAAGUAUGCGAAGAGAGCGUACUUGGCCCCGUUAUUAUCCAGUCAACCCCCGGAAAUUCAGCUGUUGAAUACAGUGAAAAGCGGAGACUUUGAUGUAUUUAUUCGUGUGCUUCCUCAUUGUGGGCCGAGGGAGCUGGACGAGAUUCAUGACGGAAGAACCGUUUCACACAUCGCUUGCACAUUAAACUCACCUGAAUUCUUACUUUUACUGUCUUGGGUAAGGUUAGUAUUACGUUAUAAAAACUUUUCAGAACCAAGCUGACUGCAACAAAAAGGAUAAAAAUGGAUUAACCGUUUUGGAUUACGCAAGACAGAAUCAUAUUGACGAAUACGUCCUUUCCGAGGUUUCCGCGAACCACAAAGAUACUGGUAUUGUGAAUAAUAAUAUGGGACCAGCAGUAUUUUCUUCAAUUCCGUCAACGGAUGUGUUUGUGACUCCACUAACUUCCAUUCCCGAACCAAAGGUGGAGAAGGACAUGGAGCACAACCAACCCUCGCUGAUUACGGAUGUACCUCAUAGUGUUUUAUGA